AUGGCAUCGAUUCACAGCCCUAACCAAGCCACAACAGCAGCAGCCAUAUCAGCCAUCACAGAAAACUCGAUGAUAGCGUCGAAAACCCGACGACGUCUAAUGGGUAGCGACGAGUUGAUCGCCAGACCUGUGCCCACCAUUACAAUGUCCUCUAUUCCAACCAUUCUACCGCCGAGCAUCUUCCAUCCGGCCAGCCAUCAUCACCACCACCCGCAUUCCUAUGCCCUACUCGGAGCUCCCACUGCGGCGACGGUGGCCGGUUGCGUUGCCAGUGUUGGCGAAACACCUGGCUGCACAACAGUAAUCACUAGUGGUGGCCAGUCUACCGUAGUGCCAGCAGGCGCACUUACCGUAUUGCAACAACAGCAACAGCAACAGCAGCAGCAGCACCACCAUCAAUCAACGCAAUUGGCUUUUCCUGUAAGCGUAUCAUCGAUGGGNCACAACAGUGAUCACUAG